CACUAAGUGAGCAGCGCAACAGCACUUUGCAGGCAUAUACAAUACUGAUCCGUAUAACGUUCCACGAACGAACAUGACAGAACAUCGCUUCUUCAACAAUAAUCUACGAUACCAGCCUCAAAACCACAGCCGCUUUACUCAGAAACCAUCUCAUCACUUCAGAGGUCCUAGAAACAACAAAAAGACAUGUUAUAUCUGCAAGAAACCAGGACACUUAUCAUAUAACCACUCGGACGAGGAGCGCGAGGCACACAAGCGUGAAUGGAAUAAAAACAGAUCUAGGAGUUAUCAACAAUUUAUGGCUGAAAUUGAGGGCUGGGAAUAUGACCCUGAAUCAAUUGAAGAACUAGCAUCAAGUGGCACUUAUUUUGAGGAUGACAGCAGUGAUGACGAACCUCCAAGGACCAAGGAUUCAAUUACUUCCAAAGAUUCAGCCAAUAAGAAUGCACCACUCCAGACUACCUCAACCCAUUUUGCCAGCGCUUUCUUCACUACUGAUGAGAAGCCAAAGGGAGAAUUAGAAAAGUUAAUUACUAUAGAGUUAGCAAAUCGAGCGACUAUGCACUGUGUCAAAGCCCUGGCAAUAAAGGAAGCACAAGAUGGCGACAAUAUAGAGAAUGACGUUGAAGAAAUGAUUAAUAUAAGCACCUACGUUUCGGCAAGCCGAUACUCUGAAGAAACAUGGCAAGGUAUUCUCAUUGACACCGGCGCUGCAGACUUCUCUACAGCCGGAUACAGUCAAUUCCUCGCAUAUCAGAAAGCUGUCAAGGGAGCUGUAAUAGACACGUCAACCGCAAAUUCAGUAGGGAUUAAAUUUGGCUCAGGCGAUCCUGUACGCUCAAAAGGCUCAGUCGAUGUUGACACACCAAUUGGCCGAGUCCAAUUCCAUAUCCUCGAAACAAUGACACCGUUCCUGCUCUCUAUCAAAGACCUGGACAGACUGAACGUGUAUUACGACAACACCAAAGAUCUUCUCAUUGGCUCAAAAGAGAAUAUGACUACCCAGGUUAUACGAAGAUUUAGCCAUCCAUUCCUUAUAUGGCAGGAGACCUACGAAUCAUGUCUCCUGGAAUCACUUGAUGAGAAUCCCUGCUUCCUCACAGAAACAGAAUUACGGCGCCUACACCGUCGAUUCGGUCAUCCCUCAACUGACAGAUUCUACCGCGUUAUCGAGCGCGCAGGCCACGACGCUGACCGUGAAGCAAUCAAGCAUAUUCGCAAAUUCUGUCAUCACUGCCAAAUCCAUGGUAAAUCUCCUGGCCAUUUCCGCUUUACAUUGCAAGACAAUAUACAUUUCAACCAUUCAAUUAUUGUUGAUAUUAUGUAUAUUGAUGGUAAACCUGUACUUCAUAUUAUCGACGAAGCAACACGUUUUAACGCCGCACGUUGGCUCCCUAAUAUAUCUUCAAGUGCAACAUGGGAUGCCCUACGUGUUGCCUGGAUUGAUACGUACCUAGGACCACCAGAUCUCAUUGCAACUGACGCUGGAAAGAACUUUGUGAGUAAGGAAUUCUCACAGCUCGCGACAUCUAUUGGCACCACUGUCAAGAGCGUUCCUAUUGAAGCUCAUUGGUCAAUUGGCAUGGUUGAACGCUACCACGCCGUACUACGUCGCGCCUAUACCAUCAUCUCCGACGAAUUGCCAGAUCUACACCCCGAUAUGGCACUACAAAUGGCCAUAAAAUCUGUCAACGAUACUGCCGGCCCCAACGGCCUCGUACCCACGCUUCUUGUAUUUGGUGCCUACCCACGACUUACGCAAAACGACGCACCAGCAAUAUCAGUUGAACAACGUGCUACUGCACUCAAGAAAGCAACUGCUGAGGUACGAAAAUUGUACGCACAACGACAAGUAAGAGAUGCACUCAAUACCCGUAACGGCCCGUCAACUACGGUGAUCCAUUCGCUACCACUCAACUCGAACAUCCUUGUAUUCAGAGAAGGAAAUACUGGCUAUGCUGGAAAAUGGGAAGGCCCAUACAAACUAUUAGAAGUCAAUAACGAGACCUGCACAGUCGCACUUCCAAGUGGCCCAACUCAAUUCCGCUCAACCGUUGUAAAGCCAUACUAUGCCGAGGACAUGCCACCUGAGGAUAUUGCCACUACUCUAGACCAUGAUAACGCACCUGAACCCCCAACACAAGGAAAUGCACUCCUACCGCCAUCGACUGUCAAAAUCCCCUCUCAACAACCGCAGCGCAACCGUCAACCAUCCGCUCAAUACCGAGAUGACGAUUUCGAAGCAUAUAUCAACAAUAAGGAGAUUACUCAACCUCGAGCUAACUUUGACGAGGUAUUGGAACAAACAAGAUUUACUGACUCACGCAAGCAAGAGGUGGAUGGCCUAUUGGAGAGAGAUGUCUUCCACUUCGUGCAUGAGAAUGAAGUUCCCAAAGGUGAACGUAUUUUUAACUCACGAUUUGUGGAUAAGAUGAAGAAUUCUGGCACCAACAAGGCCUUUGAAAAAUCGCAACUUAUUGUGCAGGCUUACAAUGACGAAGGGAAGGACUUCAUAUUGACUGAAUCACCAACUAUACAAUGCUGCAGUCAGCAUCUGAUUCUAUGCCUGACUGCCUGUAUGGUUACUCACUCCCUAUGGCUACGAGACGUUGUUCAAGCGUAUAUUCAAUCGCAAACAUAUCUUAACCGUGAUAUCUUCGUACGACCGCCACUAGAACUCGCCAUCCUCCUUUCACCAGGCACACUGUUAAAAGUCGUCAAGCCUCUAUAUAGGAUCCCUGAAUUAGGCAAUCAUUGGUUCAACACCUACCAUAGCCAUCAUACAGAGAAACUACAAAUGGAGACGUCAACCUACGACCCGUGUCUCCUACAUUGUAUUGACCCUAGCAAUGGCUUUGGCAUCGUUGGCAUGCAGACUGAUGAUACUCUUAUCCUCGCCGACAACGCCUUCGCUAACCGCGAAGAGAAGGAAAUUAAGGCUGCCAAGAUACAGUGCAAACCUCGCGAACGACUCUCGCCUACAAACCCGCUGAAAUUCAACGGUGGCCUCAUCUCGGAGACGGCCCAGGCGCUUGGUGCCUAUAUUGCUUCCUUAACGCAACCGGAAGCCGCAUUUGAUUAUGCCUUCGCAGCACAGAGCACUAAUCCACAGAAAGAGGAUAUCAAAUACCUCAACAAGCGCCUGCAAUGGCAAAUUGACAACCCAUACCGCGGCUUGAAGUUUGUCAAACUUAACAUCAACACCAUCAAACUAUACGCCUUUGUUGACGCGGCAUUCGCUAAUAAUAAAGACCUCUCGUCACAAAUCGGAUUCGUUAUUGUACUUGCCGACGCCUCGAACAACGCGAAUAUUGUAUACUGGUCCUCGGUCAAGUGCAAGCGGAUAACACGUAGCGUACUAGCCUCGGAGCUAUACGCCAUGGUCAACGGCUUUGAUUUCGCUGCCUCUAUCAAAGCAACAGUUACGCAGAUUCUACACCUCGAGAAUCCGCUCCCGCUAGUGAUCUGCACCGAUUCAAAGAGCUUAUAUGACUGCCUUGUGAAACUUGGUACGACACAAGAAAAACGACUCAUGAUCGAUCUCAUGUGUCUCCGCCAGUCAUACGAACGUCAAGAGAUUACGGAAGUCAAAUGGAUAGAUGGCAACAGCAAUCCUGCAGACGCCAUGACAAAGAGCAAAGCGUGUAGCGCUUUACAGGCUCUUGUUGAUACAAAUAAACUGCAUAUCACUGUCGACGGCUGGGUAGAGAGAUCCACCACUGUCUAA